AUGCCAGGGCAAGAUAAACUGUGGCGGGUAUGGAUGGUGGUUAGCCCCACCUUUGCGCUCAACGUCAUGCGACCCUGGGAACAACUCUUCGCCACGCUCCUCCUCACAUCCAUCACAGCCGUAGCCACACUCACUGCUGCCAAACUCACAGCAUACACCGCAACCUCGCUCUACAGCCUUGCUGUACCUGCCGCUACUGCAGUCGUGCAUAUCGGUCGAUUCGAGGCCCACGCAAACGUGUCCAAACCCUUCCACAACGACGCUGCUCCGUGGAUCAACCUCCAAACUUGGUCCUAA